CUUUAAGGAUUAUUGAUUUUGUUGUCAAGGUGGUUGUCAUUAUCACAGUCAUUAUUUUGUUUGUGCAUUAAUUUUUGUCAAUAGUCUUUGGAGAAAAUUGAGCAUAAUGCCGUAUUUGACCGUAAAAUAAUCUUUACAGGAAAAGCUAACCUUUCCAAAAACGCAAUCAGAAAUUUGCAUAAUAACUAUAUUUACCAUAACUAUACACAGUUGUAAAAUUUAACAAUGGAGAACAAUUUUGGGUAAAUGUUUGGGCUGGAAUUAUUUAAUGGAACCUUUGACUAGAAUGGCUAAAUUAUCGCAGGUUUCUAGAGUAGCAAUAUAGCUUGUUAUCCAAGCGUUUUUUAUCAAGUUGUGUUGAGCUAUGAUGAAGAACCACAAUUUUGCAACAAAUACUAGUUGCAGACGCUCGCAUCUUUCAAUCUUUAAAAAUAUAGGAAGAUUGAUGAGAACAAAAGUUUAGUGUGUUGGUGGCGUAUCGUAGUAUGAGAUGCCUAAACAAUGCCCCUGAUAUAGGGCUGUGUAUAGAGCAAGUUAACACGAAGAUGAGCGAAGACUUUCAUGAUGAAAACAGGAAGAGUAGCCUGACAUAUUUCGUUGAACAGGAGUUGGAUAGUGCAGAGGAGGUUGAAUCUGGUAAUUCUAAUUCAGGUGAAGAAAGCAGUGAUGAAACAAGUGUCACCGAUCAUAUGUACCACAGCAGUGACACCAAUAUCAUUGAUGUAAACACAGCAUCAUCAUAUUCUCACACUCUUAAGCAACAAGACUUGACAUCGUCGGCAGCUGUGACGAGCGGCGGCUGUCAAACACUCGAAAGUGAGGUUAAAUUCAUCAAAGAGUGGCUUAUUCUUCACACCGACCUCAUACAGCAGCAGAACGAUGAUAUCCUGGACAAGGAUCGUGAGAUCUACCUGCUUCGAAAAGAAAAUGAAAUGCUAAGAGAGCGAAUAUUGUGCAUAGAGAAAGGAAUUCCUACACAGUUUGCUAUUCCUUUGGUGCCCAGUGGCAACCUUACUGGUUCUGCACCAUUGCUGAAUCAGAAUUACAGCACCAAUCUUUGUAGUAACUGCAAUCAGAAACCAGACACUGAAAAACAGAAUCAACCUAUUGAUGAUCAACAGCAAGCACAGCUUGAAACAAAUUCAGAGACUGUAGGAAUUGUGUUGGACAUGACACAGGGGCCUUGUCGGCCAUGCAGUAACAACAACAUAGCCAAUUGUACUAAAGAAACCAGUAGAACUAGUAUUGCAUCUGAGGGCGCAUGCGUAUUAGAGGAAAAGGGUCCCGCGGUAUUGGUAGGAUGUGAUCAGCUAACCAAGGUUGGCAUCCAAGAAACAACACAGGCUGAAGUGACUGCAAACCCUCAACAAGGAGAGCAGAACAGCAUCUCAGGUUGUAAAGAAGUUGUGGAAGAAGAAGAAGAGGACUGUGAAUUUGAGAAGAGCGGUAGUUUCGGCGACGAAGCUAAAGCAGAAGUACUCCAAGAGCAACAGCUGGCUGCAAAUACACCUCUGCAGCUUGAAUCUGUACCUGCUGCGGCACCAUCUGACAUUGCAAGUAUUAGUGUUGGGCAAAAUCAGAUACCAACACACGCUAGUUACAGCAUAUCGAUAAGCGCCGGCGAGAGUUUGACUGCCGGCGGGGCCAACACAGUGGCGACAGCGGCUACAACGACGGCGUUCCUCGGAGGACAAGAGCCGACAGGGACGGGGCCUCACCGACCACACCGAGGCUCCCGACGGCUGUCGCGGGGCCUCAAGAUGAGCAUCCGUAGGAAGCGAGCGAGUAGCGGUGGUGGCGGUGCGGAUAACCACCGCCAGGGGGCGACAACGGUGAUGGCGACGCCUCCGGCUGCUGUUGAGCCCACCCCACUUGCCCCGGAUACUAUUAAUCAUCACAACAAUUCAAACACCUACCACCAGAGGAGAUACAAAAAGAGGAAGCGACGAUCCACAAAAGACGUGCAGAUGUUAACAACCACGGAGCCUUACUUCACCCAGGCGCAUGACGUCACUCUGGGUAUCGCUUUGCCAGAUCCUGAUAUUCCCCAUGCUACAGCAACACUAGAGGUACCUCGGUGGCGUCAUAAAAUUUACGCUAGUUUGUAUACAAUGGAGGGCACCGAGAACCUUGAUGAUGAGGUGUUUAACAAAAGACAUUUAAGACUGGAAAAUGACGAAAGAAGGCGGAAGCGGUGGGACGUGCAGCGUAUUCGUGAACAACGCGUGAUCGAGAAAUUGAAGCAGCGGCAGGAGCGCGUCAGCUUCGGGUACUGCGGUGGUGGCGAUGGCACCGGGACGGGAGGCGGAGGAGGUAGUGGUUGCUGCAACCUCGACCACGACCACAAACACCAGUUGCACUCGCUGUGGCCAUCGCUGGAUGACGUACGGUACCUGGAGGUGUGUGAGCGGCUACCCGUAGCUGCGUUUGGACUCCCCAUGCCCAGGUUGCAACCCAGUGAGUUUUCGUUACCGUGGCUAACAAAUCCAAGCUACCUGCAACGUAGGCCUACCAUACAACAGAUGGCGCGGCGGCCGCAGAUACGCCGACGGAGUGCAAAAAGAUAGAAAAGGAUGAGACGAGAUGAACUCGAAUGAUUUAAUACUGGGAAACUAUGGUUCGCUUCCGAUGCCCUGAACAUCACCAAAACCCAGUGCGACUGAUCAGUUUUUAAGGUUAUAACAUAUGUAAUUUGAUGAUACAUCUGGUGUUAUAAAUUGUCGUUCUUGUAUGGGAGUACAGAUACAGAAUGUUAUGGAACUAGAACAAACUAUCUCGUGGGACAUACAGUGAUCAAUAUCACAGAUGUCGUACUAACAGAUCUGAUAGUGGCUGUAGGUACCUUUGAGUUUGGUUUCACAAGAUAGGAUUUCUUCUGUGUUGAAAUGAACAAUACUAUCGUACUUUUGAUUUGAUACAUUCAAAAAUGCUAGAACUUGAUUUGUAACACCCUGUAUGUUGUGGAUAGUCGGUAUGUGGAGGAAAAUUUGAUACUCAUAAAAUUGUAUUUUGUAUAUUUAUGAAACUCUUAUUUUAAUAACUUUUAUACAUUUUUCUAAUUUUAUAAAAAUUGGCUGCCUUAUUAGGCUUUGUUCAAUGGGAAAAUAAUAAAACACAGAAGCUUAGACAUAUUCACUUCUGUAACUACAAAAAUCUAUUUAUUUUUAUUGUGUAAGAGAAUUGAGAAUAUAACAAGAUAGAUGCAGCUUCAAAUCCUUGAAAUAACAAAUAUUCCGUAUGCUGAUUGUCCACCAUAUCUGUAUAUAUUGUACAGUGUGUUAGCUCUCUCACUUUGGAGUUUACAUAUAUUUUUUUACAUUCACUAGCACAAAAUCCGUUAUAAAUAUUUAAUAAAGUAGAGCUUAUUGUUGAAACUAUAAAAACGAUUAUGCUUUUAGUCGUCCCAGUAGAUCGAAUUUUAUGACGGUGAAUGUAUGUGCCCAUAUUAAAAGCUUGACAUGCGAUCGUAAGACUUAACCCACUAUUUGCAAAUUUACAAAUGAAUAUUCAAAAAGGAGAAAAAUUACGUUUCAUUGAUACAUGGUGUAUAGUAUAUCUUUGUAAUGCAAGAUAAAGUGAGGUCAACUGUUUCAAUGAAUUGACUGGCCUACGCAUAAAUGGAAAGCUACUAUUAGGGACGCUCUCACUAAAAGCAACCGAAAACCCAACUCAGCACAUAUAUUCAAAAAAGAGCGACUAGUCGGCUUGGAGUUUAUGAAAGAUGUCAUAUGUACAUGGACACUCAUAUCCUCAAAAAUUCAUUCAUACUCGUAUAAAAACUGUAUUGAAAAAUUUUGACAAAGGACUUUGGUAUAAACUUAUAAAUGUCACUACCCCUCUUUCCGACUCUGUCGCAUAAUCCGUUCCCAGCUGACAUGUCCUGUCCACCUUUCUAACAAAUGUCAUGUUCAUAGGUAAGAUAAUUUUCUAGAUUUAUUGGUUAACGGGUGCGAAUAUGUUCGCUUUUACCUAUAUCUGGCCGCAUAGCCGCCCCUUAAUCCAGCCCUGUCUCAAAAUCCAUUCUUAGCUGAGGUGCCCUUCCAUAAACUACCUUCCUAACAAAUGUUAUAUUCAUAGUACAAAUAGUUUUCGAGAUUUCGUAAGUAACACACAUUUUAUAUCUGCAUGUCCUUUUCAUAAAAUACCUCGCUGCUAAAUUUUGUGAUCAUAGGUGAAAUAAUUUGCGAUAUUAUAAAAAUAACAGAAAUAUUCAAACCCCAGCCUACCGCAUUUUAAGAAUAUAAUUUAUGGAAUCCUUCAUUAGUUUUUUUUUAUAUUAGAUAAAACAUACUCCAACUUCUAGGCUGAACUAGAUUCAAAUAUUGUUGGUUCUUCAGCCUCAAGAGCAUUAAGGUCGAUUUAUAAAUAUCCGUGCCGUGUCCGUUCCGUGUCAGUGCCGAGUCCGGGUAUUUUUAAUGUUAUAUUUACAUACAACCGCGUUGUGGCAGUAUGCGUACAGGGCCAAAUGAGAGAGAGAAAACGUUAUUACAUAUUUCUGUGUAAAAGAUAGUUGAAAAUAUGGCGGCUUGGAUAGAAGAUCUCACCGUGUUGGCAUUAUUACUUGAUGAAGAGGAAGAGCAAUAGCAGAAAAGGCGGAAACAAAGAAGAUGGAGUGUGCAUCCUAUGUGGAAAAAAAGACAAACCGAAGGAGAAUUCACAAUAUACAGAGAAUUAUUGGACGAUGAAACAAAAUUUCCCGAAUAUUUUAGAAUGUCGCAGUACUCGUUUAAUAUUUUAUUGGAUAAAAUAAAAUAUCGUCUUGAGAAGCAACUUACAUUUUGGAAAAUACUGAUCUCGCCCAGAGAACGUUUGGCUGUUUGUUUAAGGCAAGUAUUUAUGUACUGAAAUAAAGUCCCUUUUUAAAUUAUGAUUACCAUUUUAUUUUUAAUUAUUAUUACUUAUUAUUACAAUUUAAUUUCAUUGAAAAUUGUGAAAAUAAUCUCUUGGUUUAGAGUUACAUAUUGAUUCAUUUGGUCUAGCGUUAUUGGCUUCAAAUGUCUGCAACUGAUGAAUCGUAUGGGUAGAAUCUGACGAAGUCCCAGCCGGUGAUGGUGUUGGCAUAGAUGACAUUUGGGUAUAAUCUAAUGAAGUUCCAGCGGGCGAUGGAGAUGACAAAGGUAUUACGUUGUACACUUUAUUAGUAGUUGUUGCUCCUCCAAUUCUUGCACCACGUGAAAUAGCCUACCUUUUGCCAAAUGUUGGUAAUAUAGGGAAAAUGACUUGACAGUGGCAGCGAGUCCAGAAAAAAAUGCAUCAACUGGAUGAACAUUUUCUGUUUUUUGACUAUUUUCUCUAGCGAUUAUAUAUUUCAUUAAAGUAGUUGAGGCUGAUUCCUGCUCAGGAAGUUUCCUUUUGGUUGAAACUGACGGCGAUUUUAUUACAGGACGCGGUUGGUUUUCUGUGGGCGUGCUUGUUUCUAAAAUCUCCGUAGUUGGUUGCACUGCUUGUGAUUGACUUCCUUCAUCUUCAGUCUCUUCAUGUAUUGUGUUCACAGGCGUAUCAGAAUUCGAAGACUGGACAUUAGACACUAGAGUGUCUCGCUCGGCAAAAAAACGGAAUUAAAAAUUGCAAGCAAUCUUCAUAUUUAUAUUUUUUUUCUUUUUUCCGCUGCUUGUCUACUUUUAGUCACUUUCUCUGCCAAGUUUUUUCUAAAUUGGUCGCGUAUAUUCUGCCGUCUAUUUUUGCAAACACUACCUGAAAAUAAAUAUUUUUAUAUUAGACUAUAAGGCCCAUUUUCACAAUAUGUGGUGACCGAAUACUUCAGGUCAAUUCUCAUGGUUUCAAUUGGAAAAUAACCUGCAAAACAAUGAAAACGAUGACAACUGACCUGAACUAUUCGGUCACCAAAUAUUGUGAAAAUGGACCUUAAAAAUUAUCAGAUUCAGAUAUUUAGCGACUGGAAACUCUCUGAGAAGCAUUUCCUUUAGUUAUCGUUUGGGUCAUGCAACGGUACAUAAAAUUGUACACGAAACAUGUAAAAUUUUGGUGAACGAGUUACUAACGGAAGUUAUGCCAAUUCCGACAACAUAAAAAUGGAGAGAAAUUUGUACAGAAUUUUGGAAUCGUUGCAGAUUUCCUAAUUGUCUCGGUGCAUUGGAUGGAAAGCACGUUACAAUUCAAGCCCCGCCAAACAGUGGCUCUAUUUCAAUUACAAAAAACCUUCUCGAUGGUACUUUUAGCUCUGGUUGACGCUAAUUAUAAAUUUAUUAUGGUAGAUGUUGGAUCGUACGGUAAAAGUAGUGAUGGAGGAAUACUUAAACACUCGAAUAUGGGCAAAGCCUUAGAAAAUGGCAGUUUGAAUUUACCGCCAGACCAAUUUCUCCCUGGAACAACUCAAUUAGCUCCAUGUGUUAUUCUUGGGGAUGAAGCGUUUCCCCUUAAACGGUGUUUAAUGAGGCCCUUUCCUGGAAGUCAAGUCGGCGAUCCUGCCAACAAACAGUUCAAUUAUCGCUUAGGUUUUGCCCGUAGAAUUGAAUAAAAUACCUUUGGAAUAUUAUCACAGAAGUUUCGCAUUUAUAACAGAAGGAUGCAAGCAAAUCCUGAAAACGCGGUAGCGUGCCACAGCUGAUCGAACGCUUUCGUGAUGCCAAGAGCAACGACAUGGGCCUCACCAUAAGCCUGGAUGAGUUUACUCCACAAUUGCGUGGCGUAAGCUAGGAGGUCCCCCUGUGGAUCGUUGGUGCCGGCAACCAUACUGCAUGUCGGUAAUCAAGCUGUGACGUUCGAGGUAGUCCAGAAGCUUACGUUUUAUGCCCCUCUCCAUCACCUUCCUUAUAACAGAAAGCAGAGCUAUAGGCCUGUAAGGGUCGGUCUAAGAUCCCUUUUUGGGAUGGAUUGGACAUGAGCAAAUUUCCAGUUUUUUGGGAAGGUGAGGAUUCAUAAGAUAUCUGGAAGAGACGCGAAAGAACUGGAGCAAGCUCCACAGUACACCUCCUUAGUACAAUGGCAGGAAUCAAGUCCGGACCAGAAGCUUUGUUGAUGUCGAGCGACAAGAGCACUCGUCGUACGGUCUUAUGCCUGAAUGUUACCUCCCGCAUAGUCUAGGGAACCCUUUGAACUGACGACACUUGGGCGUUGGGGGUUACGUCCACGGUGGAGUUGGCAGCAAAGAUCUUGGCUAUCACUUCCGCCUUGGCCUUUGAGUCGAAUACAAUCGGUCCAUCCUGACAGUAAGUGGUGGGAGACUACUGUGUGACAAGUUCUUUUCAAUCUGCUUGACCAGCGUCCAGAAAGACCGACUGCCAUUGCGCUGCGAUAUUACCCUGUGCCUAACUUUUAUAUCGUGCUGGUUUUUGGCAUUGCGAACCGCUUCGUUAUAUUUGUUUCUGGACUCGACGUCGGCGUGUCUGUUCUGUACAGUGGGGUUUUGUAAGAAGGUUCUGUGAUGCAUUGAUCUUCUGCUGGCGAGCAGUGUCACACGAUUUGUUAAACUAUCCGUUGGACCCUGGUUUAGUCACUUUCACUAUGUGACGGCUGUAUUCCUCCAUUCCGACGUGGAUAAUUUCGGUUAUCGAAGAACAGACAGCCCACGCAUCCGCGUCAGUGAAACAGACAUCUCUCCAAGGAAAGAUAGAGAAGAAGUCUUUGAGCCCCUCCCAGUUGGCAUGUCCGUAAUGCCAAGUUUUGCGGCCUGUACGAGUUUCUGCUGUCACAGCGGGUUCUGACCGAAACCUAACCUCCACAACACUGUGAUCUGAGUUACCCAAGGGGGACAGGACAGCAGUGCUGUAAGGACAGGAUGCGUGGUCAGAAAGAGAUCCAGCAGGCUACUGGCGUGUGACGAGACGCGGGGGAAAAAGUAGGGCUCGUCACCAGCUGGUUCAGCCCUUGAGUAAGAGCGAACGCUUGGAUUGCACGACCUGCUGCAUCGGUCUUGUUUGAGCCCAACCAAAGCUCAUUAUGGGCAUUGAAAUCACCGAGAACUACCUCUGAAGCGGGGUGAUUGAUGUUCAAGAAGUCGAUCUUGACGGCAAGGUAUUCCAGUAGGUCGUCCCAGUUAUGAUCCGAGGGAGAGCGAUAAAGGCAGCAAAUAAAAUUGGGUGAUGUUUUGGAGUUGAGGCGAAGCCACAGAAUGUCCUUCCGGUUUGAUUCCAAAGAAACAACUCUGUAGCAGGAAAUACUGCUGUGGACAAAAGCCACAACUCCUUCGUUAUUUCUCAGAUUGGAGUGCACCUCGUAGUUUGGGAAGUUAAGAUUGUUAAUCGGUGCAGACUCUGAGAUUUUUGUCUCCGCCAAGAAAAGCAUAGCUGGACGAUUGGUUUGCAGGUAGUGAUGAACAGUAUCAAUGUUGCUGUUAAUCACGCAGAUGUUCGAAAAACAAAUUUUAUGUUCGAUGUUGUUCCCUCGAGCCCGCCCUCCACCCGGACAUUCCGAGAGUGGGGUGAGUUUACGUCCGGAGUUCUUAGUGCUCGAGGGAUCCAUCAUCAUUAAUUUCUUUGUUUUGGAGGAUAACCGACUGCAUAGCUUAGGUGUGGAAACAUGCGGACAUUUAUAAGACACCCUGGGAAAAGCUAGCGGGUGGUACUGCCUCGGUCGACUGGUCCUUGUCUACCACCUCCCUCAUGACGUUUCGGCAACACGUACAACUACAAAACGAGUUCACAUCGUGUCCGUCGACUAGUGCUAAGUUAACAUCUUGUAAAAACCUGCAUAAUGGCACAAAAAAACAACACAUUGUCAAAAAAAAUCGACAUAAGGUCACUUUGCAGGAUACGUAAUACCCGUGCCGUUCAGCCGUUCUGGCGUGAUUGGGUAACAAACAUUUGCAACUUUUCAUUUAUAAUAUUAGUCGGGUUGCCUUAAAUGCACGUUGUAAAUGCCAUAUUUAUAUGUACCCUUACUUAGUUCGGUCGUACCAGCAGUUGAGCGCUUCCGUGCCAAACACCUCAUGUCAAUUUCCAUUAAGCCGCCGUGAAGUAGAUAUUUCAAAGUUAUUUCCCGAGACAGAAGGUCGUCUAUAUGCUAUACUAGACUUUCAUCUCUGUACCAAAUUUCAUCCAAAUCCGUUCGGCCAUGCACACUUUCUCAUUAUAAUAUUAGGAGGGAUGUAUUGAGAUUUUUGGAUUGUAUACAUAAUUAUUGUUUUAUCUGGGCAGAUUUAAUUCGUGAUAUAUGUUACUUAUAUGAUUUUUUGUUUUAAUCAGGAAUUUUCAGAACCAAAAUAGUAUAUUUUCAUUCCACCUUCUUAUUAGUAAGUAUAUAGUCAGUGACUUGGUCCACAACCUCCAGGCUGCCAGUUGCUUUGACGGGAACUGAAAAGCGGUACAACCGAAGUUGUAACUGAGUUGAAGUCGCAUUGCUUUUGAUGAGAACAUUGCCUUCCAGUUUGCCAAAGACCAUCACAGAUUGUGUGGGUUAAAAAAAUGUUUUUGAAUAUUGGUCACGAUCGUGUAUCGGAGCUAGACAUGUUCGCAAAUCUAGUGAAACUUCAUUUAUGCCCAAGUGUACCUGUAAUUCGAGUGAAUUAAUUUUUGAUUCAUUCUCAAAUGAUAUCUGACUGUGAAUCCGACUUUUAUAGUUUGCUUAUUGAACUUCUCCAAGAGCUGCUAAACAGAACUUUUGUGACAGCACGAAUUAUACAUUAGGUAAUUUUGGAGUAGUGAGGUUGGAAUUUGGAAUUUUAUAUUGAUAUAACAGUUGUCUUUGAAGGAACUUCAUCACUUGAAGAACUGGUUCAGUUUUUACUUUAAGGUACGGUUUUCGAAGUCUUAUUAAUAUUGUUUUAAAAUUUGUUCCUAUAAGGAGGAGGAAAUUUGCAGAGUAUAUCAGGACGUUUCGGAGGCGUUAGUUGAAUUGGUGGGUCCAAAGGUACUAUAUUUGGCUCCGACAAUUGCUAGUAUGCGUCUCCUCUUCGUCUAUCAUUUGAUGAUCACCUGCAAGAACUCCUCGUAGAGUAUCUGCCGAUGGUACUUCUGAAGGAUUGAUAUCCCCUUUGUCCAAAAGAUUUUGAUCCCUCUGCACUGGAAAUGACACGACUUCAUCUUCCUCAUUAGGUUUAUUUGCUACUAAAUCUUCAUCUUUUAUAGCAUCAGAUAAAGAAAAAUAGUGUUCUGGAAUAGCAUUUGGGUCGUAGGGGUAAAUUCCACCAGAUCUCAAAACAGAAACGCCUUUUGCGAUGCUUGCAGCUUUCCCCCAAGCUUUUCCGAUUAACUUAGAUAUUUGUACAUCGUACCGAGUAAGUUUCUUGUCUUUGUUCAUGACAUCCAUAAUUUGGCUUCUUUAGCGAAGUAAACUUUCAAAGGUCUUUAAAAAAUCUCUGUCCAAAGGCUGCAUAGCUGUGUGGUGUGACUAGGGAGGCAUAAUAAAGUCAUAUUAUUAGCUUGUGCCACUUCCAAUAACCUUAUGUUAUUACUAUGAGAACUGUGCCCAUCCACAACCAACAGGGCUCUACCAAUGCCUUUAGCCGGUAGGAAUAUUUCUUCAAACUAUUUCAUAAAGCGAUCUGUGUUUACAUAGGAAGACUUCUCGUUCAUAAAUACUUGUUACCCUGGGGGUAAAGCUUCUGCAAAUUGAGGCUUACUAUGGGUACCCUAGUACAUUAAAACGGCUGGAAUAAAAUUCCCCUAAGCACUGCAGCAUGCUAUUACCAUGACAUUCUCUCCUUUUUCACUGCUUGUCAGCAUCCUUCGAGCCUUUGGUUGCAAUUACCUUUCCUGGUUUAUUAUUGAUCUGGAUGCGAACUGAGAACGUUUUAAGCAUACAUUUGUGCCAGUAAAGUGAAAAAAUCAUGAACGUCCUUUCGAUUAGCCCCAUAUGCCCUGGCAAGUGAUAAACCCUCAGACUUUCUCUGACUCCGCUCGGGAUUUCUUUUUGAAAACCCAGCUUUAAAGCUAACUGAUAAGCCAUUUCUGAUUUUUUUUUAUAAUUUCAGGACGUGCACAACCAUCUUCUUCUCUUCCUCUUCAGUAAACAUAGGUUGUCUUCCAAGUAGGAACUUUGAUUUACCAGACAAAAGAUGUCGUCUAAGCGUUCUUUUGCUUCUGUCACACUUUUUGCAUAGCCUCGCUAAGAUCAGUUUCGGGCCAGGUCGCCCGUAAUCUUUUUCUGACAUAAUUUCGCGGCAUUUCAAAAAAAAAAUAAAAGAAAAUAUAUAAUUGUAAAACUGAGACAUAUUACACUAUGACAGCCGAGGUACUGUUUUCAUUGCAUGCUUGUCGCAACCUGUUGUCUAUCUCUGUCUGUUUGAGCGACAGCGUUGUGAGGCAUAUUGCCCGCUGGGGCGUAUUGUAGAGGUUUACCCUAUUAUUUUAACGAGGGUGUUGUACAUUAACCCAAAACUCCUUUAUAGGCAAUGAAGUCAUAAUCAAUAACAUAGUUGUCCAGCGCUUUACUUUGCAUUAACAUUUUCCCAUAUUAUUUAUCUUUGGUAUUUCGCAAAUUAGGUAGUUACGCAUAAAUGUCAAUUUCAAUAUGUAAUUUUGUAUUUGUCUACAUUCACUUGCUUAUAUUAUGAAGUAUCCUCGAAGUAAUUUGUAAGUCCUCUGACAAGGCAUUUUUCCAAUUUUUGUUCAUGUCAACUAUGCUUGCGGGCAAGCAAAAAGAUCUACACUGUAUAUAUUGUCGACUCAAUGUGAUACGAAACACGUAGAAUGUUACAUUACCGUAUAUGUAUAGUUUUGUAAGUGUAAUAAGGAAGAGCGAGUCUAGCGUUGUACUUAAGUUAAUUGCUUUGUAUAUUGGCUGUUUUUUUUUUCAUUUCUAG